ACACCACUCUAGAAAAUUUUAGAAAAAAAAAACUCUAGAGAUCUUUGCUCUCCUCCCAUGUCCUAUAAAUUCUGGACCUGCGCUCAUAUCCUAGACACCAAACCCACUCUUCUCUUUCCACACUCAAAUCACACCACACCACACCACACACAGCAGAACUCAACAGACUUUGUAAACUUUCUAGAGAGAGGGAAAAGAAAGAAGAAAAAAACAGAGAGAUAAACAGGAGAGUUUUCUGGGUAGAGAGAAUCUGCGCAUGUUGCGUAGAAAAUCUUUAAAGCGUAAUCCGGCUUACGUUAGCUCCGCGACUCCCCACGCUGCUGCCACAAGAUUUUGUUCCCUUCCCAAAAUAAGCCUCUCCCAAUUCCCUCCGCCGUGUGCGCACUUUUGUUAUCCUUCACCUCCUCUCCCCUCUAUAUAACCCCAACCGUUACUCUUUCAAUUUAACCCCAAACAAACAGAAGCUAUUCUCAGCUAUAAAGAAAAAAUUUAAAAUGGCGACUAAUAAACUUCUGUUAACGUUUGCUAUAUGUCGGCUAAUCGUGACCGUCGGAUUGACCUUGAAUCCCAUGGAGCUCCUCCGGAUCGGAGUCAGCGUCGACCCCACCGACGUAGAACCGGCUUCUCUCGAUUUUGGUCUACUGACCCGAACCGAACCGUUGGCGGUUCUUCACCCCGGUUCGGCAGAAGACAUAGCCAAGCUGGUUCGAGCGGCUUAUGAGUCGACUCACGGGUUCACAGUCUCGGCUAGAGGGCACGGGCAUUCCAUAAACGGGCAGGCUCAGACGAGCAAUGGGGUGGUGGUACAGAUGAGCGGGUCAAGGGGAAUGCAGCUCGGCUUGGGGAAGCCGAGAGUUUCAGAUAUGUUGAGGUAUGUUGACGUGUGGGGUGGGGAGCUAUGGAUUGAUGUGCUCAAGUCCACGCUAGAGUAUGGACUCGCACCCAAGUCGUGGACUGAUUACUUGUACCUUUCGGUGGGUGGUACUCUCUCGAAUGGUGGAAUUAGCGGCCAAGCUUUCAAUCAUGGCCCUCAGAUUAGCAAUGUGUAUGAGCUUGAUGUUGUCACAGGUAAGGGUGAGAUCUUGACAUGUUCAGAAGAACAAAACUCAGAACUAUUCCAUGCUGUUCUUGGUGGCCUAGGGCAAUUUGGGAUCAUUACUAGAGCUAGGAUUGCUCUUGAACCAGCUCCACAAAGGGUUAGGUGGAUCCGAGUGUUGUACUCAAAUUUCUCAGCUUUUACUCAUGACCAAGAGUACCUCAUCUCACGGCAUGGCCAGCCAGACUCCCAAAAAUUCGAUUAUGUUGAGGGCUUUGUCAUUGUUGAUGAAGGACUCGUCAACAACUGGAGAUCUUCAUUUUUUUCACCUAGUAACCCUGUCAAGAUCUCUUCUCUUGGUGCCAAUGGUGGUGUGUUGUACUGCUUGGAAAUCACCAAGAACUACUACGAAUUCACUGCCAAUACUGUUGAUCAGGAAGUGGAGGCACUGAUGAAGAAACUGAAUUUCAUACCGGCAUCUGUGUUCACAACUGACUUGCCUUAUAUGGAUUUCUUGGACCGGGUUCACAAGGCCGAGUUGAAGCUCCGGUCCAAGGGGUUGUGGGAUGUGCCACACCCAUGGCUUAACCUGUUUGUACCCAAGUCAAAGAUUGCUGACUUUGAUAGAGGGGUCUUCAAGGGUAUUUUGGGAAACAAGACUAGUGGGCCCAUUCUCAUCUACCCCAUGAACAAAAACAAGUGGGAUGAUAAGACUUCAGUGGUAACGCCAGACGAGGAGGUGUUUUAUCUAGUAGCGUUGCUAAGGUCAGCAUUGGAUACAGGAGAUGAGACGCAGACAUUAGAGUAUCUGAGCAAUCAAAAUCGUCAGAUCCUAAAGCUCUGUGAUGAUGCAGGGAUCAGCAUAAAACAAUACCUACCCCACUACACCACACAACAAGAAUGGAUGGACCACUUUGGGGAUAAGUGGAGCCUAUUCCACCGAAGGAAGAUGGAGUUCGACCCCCGGCGCAUUUUAGCCACCGGCCAAUGCAUAUUCAAACCCUCUCUCGCUUCUUCUUCUAACACAGCCUCUUGGUGAUAUAUCUUGAUGAUAUAUCCAAGCAACCAAUAAGUAGUAGAAUUAGCAGUAGCACUAGAGCAUACCAUAGACAACUGACAUUUGGAAUUAUAAUUUGUACAUAAUGGGUUAAAGGGGAAAUAGUUUAAAUAUUUUGUUCAAUUUAUAUUAUUAAUAUAGAAAGUGGUUAAAGUAGAUAUUAGAUGUAAUAGUGUGGUUAUGUUGGUGAUGUUGACCAAUGAAAAGGUUUUAAGUGAGAAAUUAA